GAACAGACACGUCAUCUUCAGAACUGAUCUAUUUCUCCACCUUCAAAUCUGCUGGUACUUUUGAACGUAUAUAACUCUUGUUAUCACUUGUUAAUGCUAUCUAAAUUUAUUGUAACGUAUUAAACAAGUAUAUAAUAAGAUUCAAUCAUUUUCAGAAUAAUAAAAAAUUAAUGGGUUUGCAUAAAAAAUUUAAUGGGUUUAGAUUAAUACAUGAUCCAUAAGGCGCAUUAUUAAAGGCCCGCUAAGAGCAAUACUUCAUAUUUAGCUAGCCCACAGUAUCAAUUAAUUGAAUACACUCUCUUUCUGCUUGCUAAAAUAAAUUAAAAUGAUUUAGAGGACGAAACAAACCAAAAAAACAUGCAUAUCUCGUAAUUUGUGAGCUGAUGUCCGACGUUAUUCUGAAAUCGAGGAGACGAGUAAGCCCCAAAACAAAAGGUAAUGUUAGUUUACCAUUACCAAAAAAACUCUUUCUUUUGUUACCGUAAUGAAUUCUUACUCUCUCUUACAAAAUCGCAAAUAAAUUAAUCUAAUAUGCAAACCAAAACAUCGGAUCGGAUACGCAACGUUGUAAUUUAUUAUUUUUGCUUUCUUUCAAAAAUGAAAAAAAAAUAUAGUUGAAAAUGUGAAGACAAUCUAAAGUCAGAAGAAGAGCAGGAAGACAAACUUUACUUAUGCCUUCACACGUCCUCCCAAUUUUCUUUUAACAAAAAAAGAAAAAAAACUUUUUUUUUCUUUCUCGGGUGAGAGUGUGAUUCUUUGACACAAGGAAGCCGACUUCUCAGACACAAACAAAUUUUCCGGACAUCCGCAUUUGUCAAUUUUUCCCGUCUCUUGUCUCCAAAAAAACUAAGAGUGAGAGAGAGACAAAUAGCAAGAGCACAAAAGCUAUCAUCCUCUUCCAACGUGUGAAUGUUCACUUUAGCCCCCUUUUACUUUCAUUUCUUUUGAGGCAGAUUAAGUGUUCGUUGAAAUGUCUGACUGAACCCAUCUCCUACUAUGUUAUAGCCGCUGCUUCCAUUUGGUGAAGAAGAUUCACUUAGCUUUUCCACAAAAGUCCCCACCUUUUCAGGCUAUCUCCGCUUAAAAGUUAAAGCUGGAGUUUUUUAAUAAGGCCAUGCGGUUACUGCUUCGAUCUCUUGAAGCAUUUCCUGUAACUCUUUUGGUUUCUCCAUCUUCUGGGAACUGAUAAGGAGAAAGCUACUUUGUGGUAAUUUAAAAAAAAAACAAAUGGGAUUUGGAGUUGGUGGAGGUAGUAGAAUGUUGGAUUUGAGGAUGGUUCAAAGCCACAAGCGUUCAAAAAGUGCCAGCUUUCCAGAAAAGAAAAGAGCUGAGGGAGAUCAACCUUCUUCGAAUACUUCUUUUGAAGCCUCUCAACGCAUCAAGCUGGACAUGGGUCGUUCAAAUGAAUCAGCCAAAGACAAGCCUAAUCAGUAUCACUCAAUCACCGAAACUUCAUUGAAGCAAGAGAUUGACCAGCUCGAGACAAGACUACAAGAUCAGUUUAAGGUUCGUUGUGCAUUUGAAAAGGCAUUAGGUUAUCCAACAGCUUCUUCGUAUAUGUUGUCGGAAUCAAACGACAUUCCUAUGCCCAAGCAAGCUAUUGAUUUGAUCAAAGACAUUGCGGUUCUGGAGAUGGAAGUUAUACAUUUGGAACAGUAUCUUCUUUCAUUAUAUCGAAAAGCCUUUGACCAGCAAAUCUCUUCUGCAUCCCCAAAUUCAGAGAAGGAGAAGCCAAAGCCUCCUCCUGUGACAACCCCUAGAAGGCGUUUAGGCUUUUCUGAAGAACAUGAUCCCCUGCUUGAUGAUGAUGAUCAAAAUCGACCAAAGGAAACCGAAAUGGAAUCCAGUUUUCACCGUAGCCACUCGCAGCGUUCAUCAUUCGAGAGUAGAAAAGCUUCUCUAGAAGAUUCUUGGAGUAAAGCCACCACCCGCUCUUGCCACUCCCAGCCGCUGUAUGCGCAGAAGGGAGAGAAUCUAAUCAGUCUAGCUGAACAUCUCGGCACUCGAAUCUCAGAUCAUGUUCCAGAGACGCCCAACAAGUUGUCUGAAGGGAUGGUCAAGUGUAUGUCAGAGAUAUACUGCAAGCUCGCAGAGCCAGCACCUUCUGUACUACUACAUGAAGGACUUUCAUCGCCAAACUCGUCUUUAUCAUCAAGGAGUGCAUUCUCGCCCUCUGACCAAUACGAUACAUCGAGCCCUGGAUUGGGAAACAACUCCUCCUCGUUCGAUGUGCGUUUAGACAACUCUUUCCAUGCACAAGGAGAAAAGGAAGACUUCAGUGGACCUUACAGCAACAUGGUUGAAGUGCUUUGCAUUUACAGAGACGCCAAAAAGGCCAAUGAGGUCGAAGAUCUUCUUCAAAACUUCAAGUCGCUUAUCAGUAGGUUAGAGGAAGUCGAUCCAAGUAAGUUGAAGCAUGAGGAGAAGCUGGCGUUCUGGAUAAAUGUGCACAAUGCACUUGUGAUGCAUGCCUAUUUAGCAUAUGGGAUUCCACAGAACAAUGUGAAGAGAGUGCUUCUGCUACUCAAGGCUGCAUAUAACGUUGGUGGACACACGGUUAGCGCGGAAGCAAUACAAAGCUCAAUUCUUGGUUGCAAAAUGUCUCAUCCUGGACAGUGGAUUAGAUUGCUAUUUGCUUCAAAGAAGUUCAAAGCAGGAGAUGAAAGAUUAGCUUUCGCAAUCGAUCAUCCAGAACCUCUCCUACAUUUUGCACUUGCUUCAGGCAGCCACUCCGAUCCCCCGGUUCGUGUAUAUACACCAAAGAAGAUCCAGCAAGAGCUAGAAACGUCGAAAGAAGACUACAUAAGAAUGAACCUAAGCUUACGCAAUCAGAAAGUUCAACUGCCAAAGCUUGUGGAGACGUUUGCGAAAGAGUCCGGUUUAUGUUCGGCGGGUUUGAGGGAGAUGGUUAACCGGAGUAUACCGGAAUCUUCGAGAAAAUGUUUUAAGAGGUGUCAAUCUGGUAGUGGUAAAUCACGCAAGGCCAUUGACUGGAUCCCUCACAGCUUUACAUUCAGAUAUCUUAUUUUUAGAGAAGCUGCCAAAUGAAACAAAUUAUUCAUUCAUAUAAAUGUGUGUCAGUGUGUAUAUAAAAAAGAUCGUUGUCUAUGAUUGUCCCCAUCUUUUAAUCAUAAUAAUGUUCUGUUUCGUCUGGAUGAUUGGAUCUUCUUGUUUCUUCA